GAGUGUGGUGAAGCAGGAAGUGCGUGAAUACUUCAACAAAAUCUUCAAAGAAGAGUAGUGGGAUAGACUGAAAAUGGGUCGGCUACAAUUCAAGCAGCUAAAUGAAGAAGACAACGGUUGGCUAGAAAGAGAAGUGUCAGCGGAAGAAGUGAAACAAGCAGUGUGGGAUUGCGGAGGAGACAAAUCUCCUGGCCCUGAUGGAUUCAGUUUCCAUAUUAUCAAAUCCAUUUGGAAUGUGAUCGAGAAAGACAUUGUCGAUUUUGUCCAAGAAUUCUCUAGGAAUGGCAAACUAGUGCUGGCAAAUAGGAUUAAGAAAGUACUACCCAAGGUGAUAAGUGGGACACAAUCAGCCUUUUUGGGAGGAAGGCAGAUCACAGAUGGUAUUCUGAUUCUUAAUGAAGUGGUAGAGGAAAUCAGGAGGAAAAAUAUCAGUAGCUUCAUAUUCAAAGCAGAUUUCGAAAAGGCAUACGACAGCGUGAAUUGGGCUUUUCUGGAUGAAAUGAUGAGAAGGCUCAGUUUUGGGGAGAAAUGGAGAUUGUGGAUUAAGGAAUGUCUGCAAACAGCCUCAGUAUCAGUGCUCGUUAAUGGAAGCCCAACGGAAGAAUUUAAAAUGGAGAAGGGGUUAAGACAAGGUGACCCGAUUGCUUCGUUCCUUUUUCUUAUUGUGGCUGAAGGGCUGAAUGUGUUAAUCGAAUCAGCUAUCAACAAAGAAUUAUUCCAAGGAAUUCCUGUAGGCUCCGGUGAUCUUAACAUCUCACAUCUCCAAUUCGCUAAUGAUACUGCUGUAAUGGGGAAGGCAGAACUGGGCAAUAUUAAAGCAGUGAAAGGGAUUUUGAGAUGGUUUGAAUUGAUCUCAAGCUUGAAGAUUAAUUUCAACAAAAGUGUCUUGUACUCAUACCAUGUCUCGAAUGAAUGGAGGAGAAUGGCAGCAGCUAAUCUUAACUGCAAAUCUGGAGUGUUCCCCUUCACUUACCUCGGGAUGCCAAUAGGUGACAGUAUGUGUAGAAGAAAGCGUUGGAUUCCAGUUAUUGACAACUUUAAUAAAAAGCUGGUAGUCUGGAAAGCGAAAAGCCUGUUGAUUGGUGGCCGAGUUACAUUGCUAAGGGAAAAGAAUGAAGAACAAAGAUUAAAGGAGAUCCUCAUAAGCGGGAUUGUGCUAUCAUCCCAACCGGACCAAUGGAGCUGGAGCGUAGAUGCAGCAAAUGGCUACACAGUCGGCAAGGCAUACUCAAUGAUGGUUGGACAAAGUAGAAUUCUGGAGGCAAGAAUAUGCAAAAGGAUAUGGAACAAACUAAAUCUGACAAAAGUAAGCUGUUUUGGUUGGCGCCUCUUACUUAAUGGCCUUCCAACAAAAUCAAAUCUUCAAAAGAGGGGCAUUUUGAUUGAAGAAGAGGAGAGCAUCUGCAACAUUUGUAGAAGGAAUGUCGAGGAUGAAAAUCACUUAUUUGUUCAGUGUUACAAGAUCCAAGAGCUAUGGAUGAGAUGUUACAAAUGGUGGGGGAUUUCCAUCUCCCUCCCCAAUUCUAUUUCUUUUCUUUGCGAAGCACAUAGCCAAGGGAUAAAGAAAUUAGUUACUACUGAUGUGUGGUUUUUCAUCUUCUUGGUGGUGACAUGGUCCAUAUGGUACACAAGAAACAAAAUCAUACACAACUCACAUCAAUAGGAAGAAGACAAAAUAUUUGAUCUAAUUCAAAGGAGGUCUUUUGCAUGGAUUAGAGGGAAAUCUGUAAACACUAUGUUCUCCUUUUUUUAGUUGGUGUAAUUUCCCUAGCUUAUGUGUACAAGAAAUCACUAAAAACUAGAUUCUUGAAUGUUCUCAUAGGCUAUCUUUUGUAAUGUCUCAUGGAGACUAAGAGUUGAGCACCACUUGUACUCCUCACCUCAAUAAAAUAUUUUGAUUCAU